UCUUCUUUGUUCUUAGUUCUUACAUUAUUAUUACAUUAAACACCUCCAAAUUUCUUAUUAAUCAUCAUUGUUUAAUUUGUUGCUUCCAAUCCUACUUAUUAUUAGUUGGUUCGCCUAUUUAACGUACAUCAAACAUUUCGUUAAGUCACGAAACUUUCCUGCUGGUUUCUGAUGGAACCUCUUAACCAAUCAGCUCUUAACCCAACCAAAAACCUACUAGCUAGGAAGUUUGCCAAGGUCUUGCAUAGUAGAAAUAAAACUAAGUUUAUCGAAAAGGGGAAACUUGAUAAGCCGGUUAUAUCCAUUGAUCAGACUAAAGAUGAUGAUGAGAAAUUUAAUAAAAGAGCAGCAGCUAUGGAUGCAUUUAUUUCCAAAAUUUUCGCGACGAUUUCGUCGGUAAAAGCCGCUUAUGCUCAGCUGCAGUAUGCUCAAUCUCCUUAUAAUGCUGAAGGAAUUCAGUCAGCUGAUCAGAUAAUGGUCACUGAACUGAAAACUUUAUCUGAAUUCAAACAGUUGUUUUUGAAGAAUCAUGUUGAUGAGACUUCACCAGAAACAACUAAACUAUUAGCUGAAAUUCAAGAACAGAGGAAUCUGUUACUAAUGUAUGAAAUAACGACGAAAAAACUCGAUAGUCAGCAGAAGCUAAAACAAUCUGAGAUCAUUUUUUUGAAAGAAAAGUUGGAUGAAGCCAACAAAGAAAAUAGGCUGAUUGAAAAGAGAUUAAACUCGAGUGGGCCUUUAUCGCCUCAUGAUCAAAAGCUUCAUUUUUCGUCGUUAAGUAUUAAAAAUUUCGUUUCGGCACUUCAGCAGACGACGAAAACGAUUAAGGGGUUUGUUAAGUUUAUGAUUAGUGAAAUGGAAGUGGCUAAUUGGGACUUAAUUGCAGCUGCUGGUUCAAUCCAACCGGAUAUUGUUUUUAAGGACAUUAGUCAUACGUUUUAUGCAUUUGAGUCAUUUGUUUGUAGGGUGAUGUUUGAGGGGUUUAAUGACUCCGGUUUUUGCGCCUCGGACGACGAUAUUGAUCUGUCGCCGAGGUCGUUUUUUGAUAAGUUUAUGGAGCUGAAAUCGUUAAAGGCAAGAGAAUACAUAACAUGGAAACCGGACUCAAUGUUUGCCAAGUUUUGUUGGUAUAAGUACUUAAAACUCGUUCAUCCGGUUAUGGAGUUCUCACUUUUCGGAAAUGUGAAUCAAAGAAACCUCGUGGGAGCCGGGAAGUUUCCAGAAACGACGUUUUUUGCGUUGUUUGCUGAUAUGGCGAAACGGGUUUGGUUGCUACAUUGUUUGGCGUUCGCAUUUGAUCCCGACAAGGCAUCCGCAUUUCAAGUCAAAAAAGGUAAUCGAUUUACCGAAGUGUACAUGGAAAGCGUAAACGAGGAACCAUCAAACGCCACACCGGAAGUCGGUUUCACGGUUGUUCCGGGGUUUAAAAUCGGCAAAACUGUUGUUCAAUGUCAAGUGUAUCUCAAAUAACAUAGUUCAGAUACAGAUACGAUGAUAGCCUAGCGGUGGUGGACAUAAAAUGUGUUUGACCAAUUUUUGACCAUGGUCAGAUUAGAACGGCUAUAAUCUGAAAUGGGUCCCAGUAAAGAUCAAAGGGGUGAGGCUAGUGGCUCCACAAGGUGGGAAACUAAAGGCAUGGAUGGUGAUGGAAAGCAGCAUGGAGCACCGGCCUUUUGCUCCUGUUGACUGAGAUUGAUGGGGUCAAUGGCCCAAUUUUGUACCCAUAAAGUCAUGGUAAUAUAUUACUCUUGUUACAUGAAAUGUAUAAUCCAAUGUAUAAUAUCGUAGUUAUUGUUAAUGUAGCUUUAGUUUACUCU